UCAAUAUCUGUCUAUGAUGACGCUGACGUUGAGAUUCCUCCGCUGCAGGGAGGCUGGACGAGAUGUAGCGCGAUCGUAGAAGCAAGACCCCACCAGCACCACCACGGGGUUCAAAGGCCAGCAGCAUCCGAAACAAGCACACAACUUUCCAGUCUGUUCGCAGAGGCGGCGAACCUCGCAGCCCUCCAAAUGUUGCCUUAUUUUCUAAACUUUGGGUGUCUCCCCCAUGUUGUUGGGUAUGGGACUACAACUCCCAUCAUGCCCUAGCUAGCAAGACCAAUGGUCUGGGAUGAUGGGAGUUGUAGUCCAACAAACAGCUGGAGCCCUAAGGUGGACAAAGGCUGCCCACCAGGCACCAGGGAUGAAGGGUUGCAGGCUGCUCAGCCCUCGAAUAGGAUUGCAUUUGAAAGUUAAUUCCUUUCGAGGAAUGAAUGAAUUGAUUGAUUGAUUGAUUGAUUGUAGAGUCGGCAGGGACCCCGAUGGGUUCUUCUGCGUGGAUUUUUGUAAACGUAAUUCAUUUGCUCUGAUUCCAGGACAAAUGGCCAAAGGCAUUGGGCUGUGGUCCAGGAGGGAGGGAAUCCCUGCCCAUCCAGAAGGACCCCCACCUGGGGGAAACUACAAAGGGGCUGCACCACCCUGAGGUUUUUGCAGAGGGCUGUGCCCGGCCAGAGAGGCACCUGGGCCACGCAGGCAGAUCGGUCCAGCCCAGAUGCAGGAAGUGUUAAAAAAUAAUGUUCAUGUGUUGAGGAUAGAUGGCUGUAGUUUUGACAUCCGUGUAAACAAGCGAGGAGAAAAAUACUGCAAUCCUGCCUGCAAGCACUAGAAGGAGCCCACAACCCACCUGGGUUCACUCUCAGAAAGAAACCUUUUACAGAUUUCUACUGGGUAAUGAACUGAAUCCUUUAAAAUGGAUAGCAAUCCAUUUCCAGAAGCAUCUUCCUCAUUGAUCUUUGGAGAUAUUAAAAGACGUGUCGGGGGGAAGAAGAACGGAUCUCUAAAAGCUGGGAAGCUGAAUGCUUCUCUUGCAUGUAAAAUCAAAACUAAGAUAAGAAGCAACUCUUCACUUUUUAAGAUUUCUUUGAAACACAAUAAUAAGGCUCUGGCCAUGGCCCUCAGCGCAGAGAAAGAAAAUUCUAGGAAGCUAAAAAAUGAAAAGCUCUUAUUACAGAAAGAAGUGGAUGAGCUGCAUUUGCAGAAUGUCUUACUGCGCCAAAAGCUGAAUCGUCUGAAUAAAAUUCUCAUAGAACUGGAAGCAUUCGUGAAUAAUAACAUUUCAACUGCAAUUGAAAUGAGCACUCUUUCAGAGCAUAUUCAAAAACCCUUAGCAAUGGAAAAAGACCACUGCAACAGUUCUGGUCAAAAGCCUGAGAUUUCUGAUCAACCAAUUAGAACUAUCAGGCAGCAUGUGAGCACUCAGACUGAAGAACAUAAUGGAAAUCAGCAAAGUAACAUAUCAGUCUGUGUAGCUGAUGAUCUUGUUACAUCAAAGGAAACUGCAGCAGAUCAAAUCAAUGCAGAGUUAUUUGUGUCUGGAAAAAAUACCUCAAAAUCAAGUGAAACAAAUAAAAUAGAAACAGUAUUUAUUGCAAAUAAAUUUACAAAAGAAAAUCCAUCAUGUAUGGAUCAGAUGUCUAGUAGGACCUUUAAGCUGGAUCUGGAUAAUGCAUAUUCUGUAGAAAAAUAUGAAAGACAAUCAAAAGCACACAAUAGUCCUCUUCUAAUCGAUAGAUAUGUGACUGAACGGAAGAAACGAGGACUGUCCUGCACAUCAAAUAUUCAGUCUACUAUAAACAAUUUUGAGAGUAAAACAGAGCAAAAUAGCAUAUUGCAUUGUGACACUGACAAAGUCCACACUAAUGGUCAGAUGGCCCCAAAAGAUGUUUCAUGCACUAAAUCAUCUCAACCUAGAAAGGAGCCUGAUCACACCGAUAAACUAUGUUUUAUAAAUGGUAAAAAACCAGAAGAAACUGUAUAUGAUGCUGACAUGGAAUUGACUGCUAGUGAACUAGGUGAGAUACUCUUAAUUAAAUCAAAAGCCAAGGUUGAGAACGCUAAAAUAGUAAAAACUGAUAAAAUUUCAGCAAAUUUGAGAAAAGUGAAAACUAAAAGUACAGAAAAACAGAUUGAGGAUAAAUAUAACAUUAAACCUAAAAAAUCUAACAAGAAAGUUCCUAGUAAUGGAAAAGUUAAAGAUAUUGAUAUUGUUGAAUCUAAAAAUGUUCUACCACCAGAAAAAGGAUUGUUUCAAAUGAGAAAUGAUCAGCAAAUGAAACUGAAGAACACCAAUAAACUUGGAGAAGAUUUCAAGAACAGUAACAAGAAUGACAAACAGGUGCAUCCCCUAAGACUUGUAGACUUACGGCAAACAACUCAUGUUUUAGAAAAAGAAAAAAUGAAAGAUACAAUUUUUGAAACAGCUCAGAAUUCAGAAAACCAGGUCCCAGAACAUGAUUUUAACGUACCUGGUGGUAAAUUACCAUUAGAAGGUUAUUCUAUUGAAAGCUUGCCUCCAGUACAAAGCUGUGUGGUUUCAAUACAGGAUUUAGACAUAAAUGAAACCUAUCCUGUUGUUUCCAAAAUAAAAAAAUCACAUUACAGUGAAAUGGAAAAUGGGCAGUAUUUGAAAGGGCCUAGAUCAAAGGUAUGCAAUUCUAAUAGCCAGACUAUACAAGAUGAAAAGACUGAUAUAAAAAGUGGCUUUAAUAAGAGAGAAGUGUCUUCCAAUUUCGGAACAACAACAGAGAGAUCUGCUCAUGCUUUAGGUAUUCCUAAAACAGAUCAAAUUAAUGAAGAGUUUUCACAUGGUGAUAAAAGAAGAAUUUUUGCAAAAGCUGGUAGGAAGACAUACAUUAUAUACCCAAGCUCUCAGAAAAAAACUUCUGUGAAACAAAAAUUACACGACGAAAAUGUGUAUACUGAGAAUAUCCAUGAAGGAAAUGAAAACAUUCAAAGAAAUUCCAAUGUUCAGCAUGUUACAAUUUCAUGUUACCUAAAGAAAGCGGCUGAAUGUUGCGUUGAAACAUCCGAAGAAAGGGUAGAUUCUACACCAAACCCAAACAAGAAGACCUAUAGUGUUUCUUCAUGUGAUCAAGCUGUAAUUACAGGGCGUAAGCCUCUUCAAGAACUGACAAAUAUCAAAGCACCUUCCCUUCCAAAACCCAAUAAAGACUUAGAAGAAAAUUCCAUAUCACCUGUUAGACGCAGGCGAGCUACAGUUUGCUACAAAGAACCCAAAAUCAACAGCAAAUUGAGGAGAGGAGAUAAAUUCACAGAUACAGAGUUUCUUAAUGUUCCAGUCUUCAAAGUCAGAAACAAACAAAGCUUUAAAAGUAAAUCAAGAUUACUCUAAAGAGGAUAUACAGAAAAGUGCCUACUAGUAUGUUGUAUCUACUUUUUAAACAAAUUUUAUUAUUUCUUCUUUACUAAAUUCCACUGAUUCAAUUUUUAUUUGAACUAGAUUGCUUUCUUCCACUCUCUUUUUAAUCAGAAUGAACGAGGUGAGCAAAAGUAUAUCUACACAGACAAAACUUUAGUGUUGAUAGUUUAUGUAAGUUUAAGCAUUUCGUAGCAUCUUUUGCGUAGCAUAUUCUACUUUAAAACUGCUGAAUUAAAGUUUCCAAGUUUUGCACACAAUGUAAAGUGAAUAUAAUUAUUUCAGAGGAUAACAGAAGUUUUCCAUUUUACUUGGGAAAGUAGUCUUUCUCACAGCCUGAACCAAUUCUGAGUUACAGCUGUUGUGUCUUGUAUGUAGAGGCCUAUAUAAAAACAUGGGGUGACCAAAUGGCAAGUGAGGACAGGGUUCUUAUACAAGAUAAGGAAGGUUGGUCUAGAAUAGAUGCCUUCCCCUUGCUUGCUUCUAACAAGAAGAAAACCCUCUGCUACAGUUCCCUGCAUUGAUAUGAUUUUGAUAGGAGUUUAGGAUCUCUUCCUAAAUGGAUUUUGUCCUCCCCUUCUUACCAUCUGUCUGCUCUCUCUUUAUUGUACAAAAGCCUUGUGACUGCACCAUGAGGUGAGUGUUCCUCAUGAAUUUUCCUUUGCACAAAAGCACUACUGCAAGAAGUAGAAUCAGCUCCUGAUGCCAAAUCAAGCAGGCAGAGGAUACUUUGUAUAGACUGGGAACCCAAGCCUAUUCCUGUGCAUAUGCAAGACUGAGCUGUUUAUGCGAGGUUUAAAUGUUCCUUUUUCAAGAAAUGUGAAACCUACAUUGACAGCAAUGUACAUUUUAUAUCCAUUCAACGUUUCCCCUAGCAUUAACAAUAUUUGGAUAUGGCACAACUAGCCAGUACACUUUUGGCUUCUCACAAAAUAUGUCCACCUUCCAUGACAAUGAGAAAAUACUCAGAGAACCUACUACCUGGAGAAAUACUUAGCCACCGAAAAGUGUAUAAAUAAAAUGUGACAAUAAUGGAGGAGCCAGGGUGGUCAAUUUCAUAUCCUCUAAUUUUGUCUUUACAUUUAAUUAACCCUGUUUUCUAAUCACUCCUGUGAUUCGCUGUGCUUCCAAUUCAUUUGAAACAUUAUCUUAAUAUUAAGGGCUAUCCCCAU